AGAAUAUUCUCAGUCCCAAUGAAGUACGGAAAUUCUGUCACUUAGGUCACAACAAUUCAUUAGUGUACGAAUAGCCCUUCCAUAUGAAAGUAUUGUACCGCAAUACUACAUUAGUGCAUUAACAUAAAACAAACACAAAUAAACCUGACGUAAUUCAGAACUUACCGAUCUUUUUAAACCAUGUAACCUCAGUUUGAAGUCCGUAUGAUAACACAACCAAGUGUCCACCGAUUCCUGAGCUGCAAACCAAUUUACUAAGCAGGCUUCCAGCACAACACUAUGAGGCGCUUAGAAAAGAACUAAUCACUUUGCUUGGCGCCAUUAUGAAGUCUGUUUGGACUUCAUUGCUGCGGUCCGUGCUAAUACAGUUAUGAGCAAGGCAAACGAGUGGCGAAAUCGUCGUCAGCGACCCGCACACAGAUACGGUGUACACGAAAACAAUCCUGUUUCAUGAGAUGGAAAGCUGCUUUUUUAUUUUAAUUUUAUCUAACACUUAUUCUGGAAAUCACUUUAAACGGCAAACAAAUAUAGUAGUAUGAAAUGCCACAAGCAAUGGCACGUCCGGCGAAGUGUAUUUUGUUAUUGUGACGUCAUAAACGUAACAAUUUUAUUAAAAUUGAUUUAUAUUUUGAGAAAAUAUCAAUUGCACAGUUUUCACCGCGUGAACAACUAGAUGACAAUUAUGCAGUCGAGAAUGAAUAUUAUGAAAGCUUCUGGGGAUAUGAUGAUCUCACCACUAACGACAACCAAAAAGUGGAGAAGCGAGUACUAUCUCAAUCCAUCAAUCAUUCAAAAACCGAAGCAGGAAUGCUGGCUGAGCACUCAAAGUUCACCUUGCAUCUUGAGUUUGUUCGAAACGAAGCAUGUCGAAUAUCAGAAAAUUAUGGAGAAAAUGGCUAGCGAACCUAUCGUGAUGGCGCAAGAUCAGGCAAUUGUUCCGAUAAUGGAGACACGCAGCUAUCCAAAUUUAAGAUCUUUGGAAAGCCUGCAACUGGAGGACGACAUUCUUGGAUUGUUUGAUCAAGAAUCGGUUCAUGAUCCUAAACCACAAGCAGUCGCCUUACCCAUACCGAAUUAUCCGGAAGAAAUAUUUUUAUCGUAUGAAUAUUGCAUCAACGUAGCGGAAAUUCUCAACGUGAUGGUUGACGAACUCAUUGACGAAUGCCUUGAGAGAGCAAGAACAGAGGAAGCAAUGAAGGCAAAACUGAAACCCAUGAAAAUGGAGAACGAGCCAAUCAACACAAGUCGUAACCACCGACGUGUUCAUCCUCAACAGAAAGCAAAGGGGAAGAAAGCAAGCAAGUUCCUGAAAUGCUUGUUAUUCCCAUUUGCGCGAUGCUUGGGUUUACAUCGCAAACAUUAACAGAAAAAUUUAAUUACAAUUGAGUGAGUGCGAGCGUGAGUGACUAUUUAGGGGCACAGAGUUGUAAUCGAGCUGCUUUUAACCCAUAUACUUGACCAGAAUUCACAAUUCCAAGCGCCAUCCAGAAUUAAAAUUGUUGUAUUUGUAAAUUUAAUGAGAUUGGUAAAAUUAUUUAAUAAUGUAAACAAAUCUUUAUAGGGGAUUCCAAUACAUGUUAAUUAGUUGAAUUUGAUAAUUGAAAAAUAUGUUCAUUUUCCAUUCAAACUAAAUCGCGCACCCAAUCCUGUACAGAUAAACUCGGCUCAACUUACAACUCUGUGUCGAUAGUAUUUUAUAUAGGUAGUAUUAGGAUUAUACUUUGUAUUUAUCCCACUGGUAAUCGAAUGCUUGCCCAUUCUCCACACCUGGUCUGGUUAGGUGGGUAUUCAUUCUAGAUGCAUAUAAGUAGUAAUUGUUGGGGGAUGUACCUCUCAACAUGUACCUCUCAACUUACAGUGGUAUGAUUCUAAUUCUGUUUUAACGUAGUGGCAAAUGCAUCUAUCAUAUAGCUAAAGACCCUUAAAGCCUUAACCCUGUUUGGCACAUAUAUAGUUCUAUGUUACGAAGUUUACCAAUUUGAAAGCAGCCGAAUGCUCUGCCAAUAAUGUCGCAACUUUGGUCGCGAUGAUUCAGUGAUUAGUGCGUUUGCAUAAGAUGUUGGUAUCGCAUUCGUAUUAAAGAUCUCGAACCAAGGCUAGUCCGUUGUUCAAGCUCACCGAUAAAGCAAAGGUUAGGGCAUAACAAAUACCGUCAAUCUGAGAAUUAUUAAUGGUUAAUUUAUUUAUAAAAAGUAUAGUCAUCUUCUAAAUUCGAUUAUGGUACUUUCUUUUAACAAUUGAUUCACAUUCGUGCGUAUGUUAAAAACAAUGUGUUGUAGCAAUUUUCGCAAAAAUUCCCGAAUGAAUUAUCAUAAAUUUUUAGGCGAUAUUUAUCAAUCUUUUAUUUAUUUUGUACCAAAAAUUAAGGCAACAACAGAACAUCAUUAAUAAAUGUUUUCAAAUAUCAAAACCCAGCAUAUAACAUUCAUUCAAUCAACAGUGUUUCCAACGACAUGGUGGUUUCACCUUGAGGCUUAUGACGAGCCUGACUAGUUACGAAAAUGCUUUGUCUGGAUAAUGUUCCUACUUGGAUGUGAAAUGUUUCUGUAUGGCCAAUUGAGCCUUGACAUUUUUCAUUUUUUAUAUUGAAAAUCUGACUAUUUACAGAAACAACUCGCAGACAGUUGUAUUGUUGUUCAUGUUGUUGACAACAGCUUCUUUUCUGCAAUUGUUAGACCAAUCCCUUUAAUUAAAGUAGUUCAAAGUAGAAUAGUUUUGUUUUCUGAAAGUCUUUUACUUUUGUUUAGUUUCAAAUUAUUUUUGGACUGUCCUAAUCAGUGCCAAUUGUUCUAUUCCAAAUUUGGCCAAUUUCGAAGAAUUGCACCAACACGCGGGUUUUUCAUCUCUUAAAUUUGUCCAAAUUAUUCUCGCCGAACGGUGUAUGAUUACCUGGCGAUCCCCCGUUCACGUGGCCUGUCGAAUGUCCAUCCGAUACCAACGUAGUCAGUGCAACGCCAUAACCACAACACCAUCGCUCCUAUAAACGAUUGUAAUACUACUAAGUCUUCAUUUGCUUGCAUUUAUUGCAGUGUUAUUAUUGAACCAUUUUGCAAAUGUGAAUUUGCUUUAUGUAUUAUAUCGUACUAUGAUUGCAUUAUAGAUGUAGUUUACAAUUUGUUGUUGUUUGCUACAAUUUGAAUUUAAAUAUUUAAUUAUUUUGUUUUAUUCAACAACGUAUUUUAAGUCAGCAACAUACAAAUUGUAGGUUUUAUAUUAACACAACAGAAAUUGGUAGGGUAGUUUGUUCAUUUAUU